CAAAAUCAAAAACUUUCAAAAUGAGAUUCGUGUGGAAUAAGAAGUGCUUUAUAUGGCUAUUGCUUAUAGCCCUAAUGGUCACCGGAUUGACACUAGGCCUUGUCUUUGGUCUAAGGACACGGGAUACCCAGCGUCUAUUAAGCGGUGCCGUUGUAUCGAAUGGCAUCGGUUGUGCGGAUGUUGGCGGUGAGAUGUUAACCGAUGGCGGAUCAGCUGUUGAUGCUGCCAUUGCCACUCUGCUCUGCGAGGGUCUUCUGCUGCCCCAUUCAAUGGGCAUUGGUGGUGGAUUUGUGGCCACAAUUUAUACGCGUAGCACCAGGAAAAUUGAAACAGUGAUUGCCCGGGAAACGGCGCCGGCUGCCUCCACAAAGGAUAUGUUUGUUGGCCAAACGGAAAUCACUGGAGCUUUGGCCGGUGCUGUGCCCGGUGAAAUUCUUGGCUAUUGGGAAAUGCAUCGUAAAUAUGGUCGUUUGCCGUGGAAAAAUCUCUUUCAGCCAGCCAUUAAAUUGGCUCGUGAGGGACAUAUAGUGUCGCAAUAUCUGGCCGCAGCAAUUGAAUCGAAAAUAAGCUAUAUUCAGAAUGAACCGUCCCUCGCCGAUUUGUUCCUCAAUGAGAAGGGUGAACCCUAUGUGCAAGGUGACUACAUGAAACGACUAACUCUGGCUGAUACCCUCGAACGGAUAGCUGAGAAUGGUGCAGCCGAGAUCUAUGAUGGCGGCGAGACGGGCAAAAUGUUCGUUGAGGAUAUCCAAAAGCUGGGUGGCAUCAUAACUGAGGACGAUCUGAAGAAUUACAAAGUACGUUGGGAGAGUGAUGGUCAUAUAAGUGCAAAUGUGACUGGCGGCUAUACUCUGUAUAGCACUCCGCUGCCCUCCAGUGGUCCACUGCUUGCCUUCAUACUCAAUGUGAUGAGCGAUCUGUAUUCGGAUAAUGAACCCAUCUAUUGGCAACGAGUUGUCGAGACCUUUAAGCAUGCCUACGGUCAGCGAACGAAUUUGGGUGACUAUGAGAUGGACCCAGAGAGUGGUGCCGUCAUACAGGAGGAACUUAAGAAGCUGCUCAGCAGUGACUUUGUGAAAGAGGUUCAAGGCCUUAUCAAAGAUGACGCCACAUCGCAGGAUUAUAAGUAUUACGGAGCCAAUUUCACAGUCGAAGAGGAUCAUGGUACUGCCCAUAUGAACGUUUUGGCUAACAAUGGUGAUGCCAUCUCCAUAACUAGCACCAUUAAUAAUUAUUUUGGCUCGAAAGUGGUUUCCAGUCGAACUGGAAUCAUAUUGAACGAUGAGAUGGAUGACUUUUCCACACCCGGUGUUAUCAAUGGCUUUGGUGUACCAGCUUCUCCGGCUAAUUAUAUUUUCCCAGGCAAACGGCCCAUGUCGUCGAUGAGUCCCUGCGUUUUAGUUGAUCAAAAUGGAGAUGUUCGUCUCUUGGUUGGUGCUGCUGGCGGCACCAAAAUUACUACAAGUGUGGCAUCUGUCAUUAUGAAGUAUCUCAUUCGCGGCGAGAGCAUGGAUCAUGCGGUCAACGAUGGUCGAUUGCAUCAUCAGCUGGUGCCCAUGGAAGUGGAGUAUGAAGCAGAAGUCACUAGUAACAUUGUGGACUAUCUUAAACAGGUUAAUCAUACAAUGUAUGAGUUGCCUGUGGGAUCGGGUUUUGCUGCUGUUACCGCAAUCGGUGCCCUAUCUGAUCUGGAACCCUAUUAUGAUCGCCGCCGUGUGGGCAGCACCCUGACCCUAGGUCAGCGUAACAAAAUGCAGCAUUAGAGCGACAGACGUUCAGUCAUGCAACAUGAUUUUCAUGUUUAUAUCUUUUUUCAAUUUGUUUCCAAAAUCUUUUUAUUUAUUGAACUCUAGAUAUUAAGUUUUGUUUAUUCAAUUUAUUGUUUUUUUUUGUUUAAUUGUAUAUAGAAUAUCAUACCAAAUGAGAAUGUGUGAUUUUUGUUUAUAUUUUAUUGAAUUGUUCAACAUGUAUUUGUUAAUAAAUGUACAUUUAAUUUUAUGUCGAA